GUGUUUGCACUUGAGUCGGGUUUAUGGCCCGAUGAGCAUAUGGCCAAUAUUUUGUCGCACGUCAUUGAAGGGAAAACAAACAUUGUGCAAUGCAAAGGAGUUAGCGGGAGCAGAGGCUCUUGGCCAGCUAUGCAAACGCUCUCGGGCUAUACGAGAAGAGAAGCACUUGCUUUCAGGGUAUAUAAAGCACAUCAGGCUUAUCUCCUCGCCCUCAUUUGGGGAUUUCUCAUGAACCCUGCACGCUGUCUUUGCGCGGCCACGACGUCCACGACCGGCCUCCCUCUGGCGUACGAGAAUAUGUCGUUGACCAACACAAAGACGGGCUUCUCUGUUAAGGACAUUUUGGACCUUCCGGACACCAAUGACGAAGAGGGAUCUAUCAGCGGGGCGGAGGAGGACACGGAGGGCUCGGAGAGCACGUCCACGACGAAAAGCACUGGCGUUUUGGUGAAAAGUCCCCUGGAAAACGUGCAGAACCUGCCUUUAAAGAACCCAUUUUAUGACACUAGUGACAAUCCGUACACGCGAUGGCUCGCCACCACGGACAGUAUUCAGUAUUCAUUGUUCCUCCCGUUUCUCGCCGCCGCCGCCGCCGCCGCAGUGCACGGCCUCUCCGCCGGCUCCCAGGACUCGGCCAAAUCCCCGGAGCCGUCCGCGGACGACGAGUCGCCGGACAACGACAAGGAGACGUCCAGCAGCGGGGGCAGCGACUCCGGCAAGAAGCGCAAGCGGCGGGUGCUGUUCUCCAAGGCGCAGACGUACGAGCUGGAGCGCCGCUUCCGACAGCAGCGGUACCUGUCGGCCCCGGAGAGGGAGCACCUGGCCAGCCUGAUCCGCCUCACCCCGACCCAAGUGAAGAUCUGGUUCCAGAACCACCGGUACAAGAUGAAGCGAGCCCGGGCUGAGAAAGGUAUGGAAGUGUGCCACCUCCCGUCUCCCAGGCGAGUGGCCGUGCCCGUCUUAGUGAGGGACGGGAAGCCUUGUCACACCCUUAAAGCUCAGGACUUGGCGGCCACUUUUCAGGCCGGGAUCCCCUUCGCGGCGUACGGCGCGCAGUCGCUGCAGCACAUGCAGUACAACGCGCAGUACGGCGCCGCGGCCACGCCGCACUUCCCCGCGGCGCACCACUUGGUGCAAACGCAACAGUGGACUUGGUAAGGGACGCCGGAGAGACUCACUCGUCUUGGGGAAGGCGCGCUAGGCAGUUUCACUCCACACGCAAAGAGAGGGGACACCCCCCCCCCCCCCGCCCCCCAC